UAUCUGAAAAUCGGUUAUUCAAUUUGAUAAAAAGUAAAUUUUGUGUCGGUUCUUAAAUAGUCAUUAAAUUUAGUCGUAAUUAGUGUAAGUUUUGUACUUUUAUACAUUUUUAUUGUUUUUAUUCGUACAAUGUAUCGUUUUGUAAAACAAAUACCGUGAUAAUAAGUGAACAAACAUAAUUCAACAAAAUGAAGCUGUAUUUUGUCGCAGCUUUACUCGCUAUUCCAGCGUUGAUCUAUCUCGCCGAUGCGAGCAACAACUAUAAGGAUUUUAUGAAAGAAGAAGAUUUAAAGAAGAAUGAAUUCGCCGAUUUCGAUAUAUUUGAUGAAGAUGAUGAUUUUGAAGUAGAUAUCAAAGUUGAAGAUGAAAAAUCCGAACCGGAGCAACCUCCUCCACCUAGCGCUCCUUUUACUGCAGAAGAUGUGGUUGUCGAGGACGUAGAUGAUUUCGAUCAUUUCGACGAUGAAGAUGAAUUCGAAGGUUACGAAACAACAAGCGAAGCACCUAAGAAAACAUCGAAGCGUGGCCCUGAAAUUUCCAUCGUUCAGUUACCUGGUCAUGUUCACUUCAAUUAUUAUGUCGAAGUUGCUCUGUUAAUGGGUAUUCUUAUUUAUUUCACCAAUUUCAUCAUCGGAAAGCAUAAAAAUUCUGAAAUGGUUACCGCUUGGUUUAAUACCAAUAAAUCAUUGUUGAAUGAUAACUUUGCCUUUGUUGGCGAUGAUGGAAAAGCGACGACCACUAGCAGUAAUGCUGUUACAAAAGAAAGUGAACAUUUAUUCACCUUAUGGUGCAGUGGAAGAACUUGUUGCGAAGGAAUGCUGGUAGAAUUGAAAUUUCAAAAAAGACAAGAUUUGAUAUCAGUGUUAUCCAAUUACUUCAGUGAAAAGAAGGAUCAAAUUCACAUUAAGUUUAGUUUUGCGAAAGAGGACAUGGAUAACUACGUCUUCUGCGUUGCUUCGAAAAAGAAUGCUGGUAAAUUAGUCAAAGAAAUGGUUGAUUUGAGUACUUUCUGCCCUGAGCGUAGGCCUGGAGAAAAAUACGAGUUACCUUCAAGUUUUAAUGUGAUGAGUGAAAUAAACGAAGUCGCAAUUAGUUUCCUAGAUGCCAAAACGAUUUCUGCAUUUAACAGAUACGCUGAUCUCAUCGAUUACGUUCAUAUAUCUGAUAGGUAUUCUGGACCUAAAUCUCCCGAAGAUAAUCCUGGAAAACAGUUGGAGUUUAAGAGAAUGUUCCUCAUUGGAUUUUCUAUUCCCGAUAACGGGAAAUCGGCUGAAGAAGUUGCGGAACAUAUGUAUCCCUUGAUGACUCUAGUCUUUUAUUGGUUAGAAAAAAUUAGGCGUUUUAGAUUAAGUAAAGAGGGAAAACAAAAAACUGAUAAAAAUCGUACACGUAUCGAAGAAGCGUUUUUGAAAACUACCCAUUUGGCUAGAAACGAAGCAGCCGCUGCUCGUAGAGAAGAAAAGAAACGUAAAGAGAAAGAGAGGAUUUUACAGGAAGAUGAUCCCGAUAAGCAAAGGAAAUGGGAAGAAAAAGAAAUGAAGAAACAAAUGAAGAAGAAAAUACCAAAAAUGAAACAACUGAAAGUAAAAUCCUUGUAGUCAUUUUCAUUUCGGUUUAUCAUUGGUUAUUAUUCAUUAGCAAUAAAAAGGGUAUUUAGUUUGUAUUAUAAUAUUAUUAUGACUUAUUCUUAAUAUGUAUUUUUGUUGGUUCAAAAUUUGAAAUUUCGUGUGUUUAAAUAAUAUAUAUUUUUACACAGUAA